AUGUCGGCAAAUACACCUCAGCUGCAUAGGAAAUCACUUCUUUUUGCCUGCGGUCCAUUAGAUUCGGCCUCUUUCGAGGAGUUAAGCAGUAGGAAUCUUAAACAGCGUCCCAGGCGUAUAUCAAAAUGUCAGUUAAAAAAGCAAAUCCGGGAAGAAUUUCAAGAGCAGCAGAGACUAAGACGGGAGCGGCAACUACGUGGCCUAGUCCUUGGAAAGGGGCUUGGUGAGAGGGCUGAGAGGAUGAUUUUCAAAGGCUUUUAUAGACCCCAAAUGGUCCUCGAUGAAGGAAACUUGAGAGAAAGACCGGAUGGCUGCAGUACUACCACAUACUCAAAUGUUCCGUCAUUUUUACCAGAAAUAUCUCAGGGAAAAGCGUUUGAUAACUCAUUGAACAGGACAUUUUUGAACUCCGAUAAUUCUGGCCCAGGAUUACGGUCCUUUGACUCUCAUCCGCUUAGCGACGCAGGCACUCCAAUGCAUCUCGAAGCAACAGUCUCCACGCCUGGUUGCCUGCUGGGGAAUGGUCCGAGCGAAGCGGAGACUCCUCAAUCUAUUUCGAAAUUUCAGGAAUCCUGUGCCGAGAUUCGAGAUAGCAUUGAUAACUUAGAGUACGAACUCGAUUCGUUAUGUGUGCCUCACACAACUUUCAACAGUUUUUUGGAUGUCCUUUCUCGAGCUUUAGAGUUAGUAGAGCGUGGCAACCUCAAAGAGGAGUUCAUAUUGACAAAGGAUGAUUUUGAUAUGGGUAGCGGCAGCAUCGGCGGUCCGAGUGAGGAUAAGGCACCCAUCCACCUCGUCGGCGCUGAGGAAGUGAUGGAGUAUGUUUUGGAAAAUAUGAUCGAGACCUCCUUUGAGCUCGCGCCCGUCACUCAUACUGCGCAGUGGGUGUUGCAGUUUACCAUUACAUUUCUUCGUUCUUUGGUAGCGAUUACGGAGGAGGAUGCAUACCUGAGGCUUGAACUCCUGGCGCGAUGUGUGCGCCUGCUUGGGAGCACCGAGCACUUCUCCGCCACGCUACUCACGUUCGCGUUUCUUAUCGAGGAGUACAAUGCCUUUUACGAACUGGCCACUUCGGUGGAGGAUAACAUCGGGUCUCUGCUUAGUGAAGUGGAGUCUAUGUUAGAUGAAGUGCUUAUGGUGGAUUUUCCGUAUCGUCGAGCGAAGCUGCAGAAGGUUGAUAAGGUAAUCAAACUGAAACUGCAGCGUGUGAUCAUGCUUAUAAAUGAGGUGGACAGUAGCUGGAGGCCUACCAUUUACUUUCAUCUGUUCUGGAAAGACACAUUCUUGAGCAGGUCUUUCUUUCGUAUUCACAACAUUAUAUCGCAACGUUAUGUUUACUGCUCUUACGGCUUUGUUGAUGAGGCAUUGUAUACUAAAAUAUUUGAUUCCCGCGUUACUGGGCGGGUUUUGGGGACCAUGCCGUCUCAGCCACAGAUUGUGCUCGCGCGACGUGUUGAAUACGAGCGCGUCAUUGAGGGCCUCACAUACCAGCAAAUUGGGAUGUCGGUAAAAGGACAUUCCAGCCGUGUGGUUGGCUAUCAAAUUUGUAUGGGUGCGCGCUAUGUGCUGCGGCAAUUCACUCCAGAUUUUGACAAAGCCUGGGGUUUUAAGAUGGGCAUCACUUUUAAAGUACCGACUGCUGAUGAAAUGGAUAAAGUGAUCUCUAAAAUGGUGGCUCGGGCAAAAAAAAGGGCUGGAAUCGCGGGCUCUGAACGUCAACGGGGGGUGAUGACCUUCCUAACGCGAGGCGAUAAUUAG